AUCCAACUGGUAUAACCUUUCUCGCUCACUUUGGCUGUCAACAAAUAAUAAGAAACGCCAUUGAGGAAAUAAAAAGGAGUGCUUUCCUGUUUUUUAUCUUGGCUAAUGGUUAAGACAAAGCCUUCUAUUCAGUACUAUGAUCCAUUUGGCGUGUGGUCUUCAAUAGCAACCGACGUAAAAAGUAAAACUCCUUUACGAAAUCUACAAUGGGUUGAAUCAUUUCAAUAUAGAAAACAUUUUAUCACGAGCUUGGAGCUUGAAUUUGUUCCAUGGGUGGAACAUUACACUUCUCUUGAUAAUUCUAAAGAUGCAACAUUGCUAAACACUCCGCUUGUAAAUAUGCUGAUUUUGCCAGAAGAGGAUUCGGAAACAUACAAAGUGCAGCAUCGUCCUAUAGCACUUGAGUGGUCUAAAAAAGUCUCUCAGAAUGACUCUCAAUCCUGGAUGAUAGCUCUAGUAGCGCGAGGCCAACCCGUUAAGCGAUCAUCUGGUUCACUGGGCAGGACACAUUCAAGGACGAGCUCCUAUUUCAUAGUAAAGUCCACGAUCGAACGCCUUAGAAAUGACUUUAACACAUCUAACACAAAUCGAUGUGUCAGGCUAGAUUAUGUCCGAUUUGGAACUCCUGAUGCGGAAUGCUGGAAUACAUUUUUAGGUUGCUUACAGAAGGGAGUUUUGGAGGCCUUGGACUAUCGGUUUCUUCAACUUUCCGAACAAGCAAAGUUUAUAAACUUACAAGACACGUCUAUUUUUUCUGAUUUUUUAGUUUACUUCUUACAGAAGGAACGACUAGGAGCUAGUUACUUGGAGUUGUCUUUGUACAAUGAAUCUCUUGAGCAAUUUAGUGAGAUGUUCGAAACUUUUAAUGAAGUUUUGAGGAUUGCAAAUGGAAAAAAGGAUUUGGUUUUGAAAUAUUUGGGUGAAGGAUCAGAUGUGGCACCGGCUCCCUCAGAUUUAAAUGCUAAAGCUUUGCUUUUAGAUACGACUUACAUAAACCUCCAUCUAUUAUUGGAAUCUGAAAAGUUCUCUUUAUUCCAUAUAGGGUUCUACUUAUUCUCAAAGCUGAUUCAGUUGACUUUACAGAUAAAAGACUACGAUAAAUCGUAUUCGCUACUUCAGCAAUCAUUUCAUUUUUUAAAUUAUCCUGUUUUUGAUCAAUUUAUUCAAGAAAAUACCCUUUUGCUGAUACGGUUUAAAUAUGACUGCUGCAAUCUUUUGAAGAGUCUCAUAAGUCAAAACGCAAAAGAUAAUGAGGUUAAGGUACCCGCUUGUAAUGCAAGGAUAGCUUUAUUUAGUCGCUCUAUCCUUCUUAAGAUGGCUUAUUUGAAAAAACUAUUUCCUAAAGACACACUACUACUUUGGCAUGAAGAAGGUACUCUACAAAAGUUGGAACAUGUCGGUGAUAUACAGGAAGAAUUUCGAGAUAUAGAGGAAAUUUCUACAUUGCAAUCCUUUUUACUAGAGUAUUUGAGGCUUUCUGAAGAGGCCUUGAUUAUCUUUCAAGAGAGGAAAAACCUCUUAUCCUUCAAUAAUACUGCAUCUGAAGCAGCUGUGGCACUUUAUAUGCUUCAAGAUUUUGAAAAAGCAUAUGAAAUGUUAAAAAUCUCGAACCUACCCCUUUUCUGGAAAAGCGACGUCUUUAAAGAGAAAUGGAUUCAAUUUUAUCUCGGUGUACUAAUAAAGGUUAGUAAAGCUCACGAGGUUAUUGAAUUUUUAGUCAGCCUGCUCAAAAAAUACAAAAAUCCUGAUUGCUUUAAAGCAGCUGGUCGAAUUGUUGACGAUAUUCCUCAAACUUAUGAUCUAAUAUUAGAUGAUUACUUUUGUGUUGAUAUAUCGAACCUGGCUAAUAUAUCCGAGGAUUGCACCCUAGAGCUUCAUGCUAAAAUUACUUCUUCCAUUUUUGAUUUGGAUAUGUUAGAAACUGUGAACUGUACUUUGGUUUCUGAUUCCCGGCCUUUCAAGUUACAAUUUGGUUUAAGAAGCAUACAGAACGAUUCAGAUGCUGUUUUGUGUUGUAACGAUAUUUUUCCCGGAAAUUACUUCGUAAGUGAAUUAAGCAUAAAACCAAAAGGAAUACCCUUGUUAUUUAAAAAGACAACAUUCGACUCCCAACAAGGAAUAAGGGUUUGUCAACCAUCCUUAAGAGGGCGGCAUCUUUCCAUAGUUCAAGCAUCUCUACCUCAGCGUUAUGUGAAUGAUCAACUUCACACUACUUUUCGGAUAUGCUUUGGGGAAAAUUUCGAGGAAAAUCAAAAAGUCGGUUUUUCUUUUGAAACUAACAACAAAAAAGAGAGCAAUAAAUUAAGUCGAUACUUCCUUGAUGAAUGUUCUGAUUGCUCGUUGUCUAUACAUGACGAGGUCGCUUAUUUGGAAAAUAUCAAGCGUCUAGGGAAGGCUAUUUUGCACGUUCAAAUGUCAAGAAAUGAUGGUGAUGAAAGUAAUGAUUCUAAGAUUAGGCUAACUUAUAAAACUCAAGAUGGUGAGGUUAUUAACUUAUAUCUUCCGGUAAUGAUAAAGGAAAUCAAUUUUGCAGAGCUUUCCUGUGAGCUUGACGAGAAUGAACAAGAUUCUCAGACACUUUUUCUUCGACUCUUGCCCAAGGAGCCAAUUUUAUUUUUCGGAUGGAGAAUAAAAACUACAAACCUGGAUAGUCAAGAAACCAGUUGUUAUGAGAUACCUUAUAAGUUACCAAUUUUGGAUACAAUGGAUUGUUUCAAAACGAUUCCAUCAAAGGGUUGGAGGCGGAUGCAACAUACCGUCACUGUAGAUUGUUUACGAAUUACUGACCUUCUUUUCGAAUAUAUAUACAAUGAAUGUGGACGAUUCUUAAGCCGGAUGAACGUAAACGUUAUAACAAAUUGGAUUGAGUCGAUUUGUCGUAAAGCUGAUUUUACCAAAGUUCCGUCGAAUGGCCAAAUUUCAUUGCCUGAAUUUCAUAAUAUGGUUGAAACUAAACAAACAAAGGUUUUAAUAAAAAAUGAUGGGCUUUUCUUGGAAAAAUUCUCUGGUCUGUUAGAGUAUCUGAAAGUUUUUUUGACGAUAAAGGACGUUCUGUCAACACUACAAGUAUCGGACAGAAAUAGAGAAACACAAUGUUUCGUAACGCCGAUGAACAGCUUGCAUACGCUAGGACCUAUCACAGUAAAAAAUAAAAAGGAUGUACCCCAAAUCGACUGUGUUUGGAAACUACCGACAAGCAUAUUUUUGAAUGUCCCUACUGAAAUUGGCCUCGAGUUUACGGUAACCCAUGUGCCGAGUAAUAAAAAUGUAAAAGAUGAGAAACACUGUUUUGAACUAUUGUACGAAGUCUCAGCUUAUACAAAUUAUAUUCUCUUUGCAGGUCCUAUACGGAAAAAGGUCUCUUUAAUUGAUGUGGGUGCUACACUACAAGAAACAUUUACAGUCAUCUUCCUAACAGCAGGAAGAGUUUUGCUACCAGAGGUACAUGUUCAUUCAAAGGAUGAUAAUAUUUUGACAGUGAAAAAUCCAAAGUACGCUGUGGUUGGUCGUUCUCCUUAGAACCAUCCCGACCAUGAUUAUGUACUUUGAAAUAAAAUCAAAUAAACAUUGGCGAUCUAGAACCGCAAAACAAUAUCCCGUGUGUUUUCAAAUUUUUUAACGUAAGCGUCUAGCUUCACGUUCAGAUUCUAACAAGACAAGGAUGUCGUCUUCGCGAACAGGACCCUUAACGUUACGAAUAAUGGAACGAGAAGUGUCAUCCAUGAAUUCGACACGGACUUGGGUGACACCACCACUAUACAAACGUUAGACAUUUAUUGAUGAGAAUUUCACAACCAACUUACCGAGAUCCGGUACGUCCAAGGACUUUAAUAACUUUAGCCAAUUUGACUGGGACCUUUGAGGAAUCCAUGUUUGUUGAAAACUACGCGUUCAGUGUAGAAGUUUUGAUAUGAAUAGAAAUAACAGUCACGAAACUAAAUAGAGAUAUUGGUAUAUGUCGUUAUGGGGGUUACCGAUAAUUCUUAAGCUUCGUUAAUAAACUAAUAUUCGACGUAGAAAAGGCUGGUCUUAUUCUAUUAAUUUGUCAUUUCGAUUAAGUUAUUUAUCAACCUUUACUAAUUCAAUACUUAAAAGAUGAAGAAUUUAAUAGACUUUAAAGAAUGCUUCGUUGAAUGAGUGUGUUUUUUUUAUCGUAUUCAUGUGCGGUAAUAUCCCAA